CAGCAAAUUCACACGCUUUCGCUUUCGGCUUCCACUAAAAAUAAAUAAAAAGCAGCACGGUAGAUUCAGAUAGCUUUCCUUAUAUAACCCUAAUACGACACCAUAAAGAUGAUGUUUCGCAGUGGAGGAGGAGAAGGAGACGUUGGGCUAGGGUGGAUAAACAUGAUGCCAACAGCGGCGAUCCUAAGUCCAACGACGGAGAUCUCCCCGAGGGGUCCGCCACCGCAACAUCCGCAGUGGGGACUGCAAGAAACGAAGGAGUUAAUUGGUAUUAGAGCGGAGUUGGAGAAGGAUUUUACAGUGACAAAGAGGAACGAGACGUUAUGGGAAAUAGUGAGUGCUAAAAUGAGAGAGAAAGGGUACUACCGAAGGACACCUGAACAAUGCAAGUGCAAGUGGAAUAACCUCGUCAGUCUUUACAAGGUAAAAGAGACAUCUGAUUCCGAGACUGGCCGGCAAUGCCCGUUCUUUGAGGAACUGCAUGAGGUGUUCACUGAAAGAGCCAAGAACAUGCAGCGACUACUUCUUGAAUCCGAGGCAGGUUCCACCCAGUCAAGGAAGAAAGUGAAAAGAAUAAAUGGAGAUCGAUCCUCUGAUGAAUUAUCAGAAGAUGUGGAUGAGGAUGAAAGUGAGGAGGAGAAGCCAGCUAGAAACAAUUCUAGGAGAAGGAAGGGUGAAAAAAAUGUGGCGGAGAAGUCUCCAAGAGCAAGCAGUAGUUUUGGUGGUGUUCAAGAAAUGCUCAAGGAGUUCUUCCAACAGCAACAGAAGAUGGAGAUGCAGUGGAGGGAGUUGAUGGAAAAGCGUGCUCAUGAGUGGCAGAUGUUGGAGCAGGAAGGGCGACGGUCAAUGGAUAAGCUCGAGAGGGAGAGAUUAGUGAUCGAGCAGGCCUGGAGGGAGAGAGAAGAACAGAGGAGGAUAAGAGAAGAGAGCAGGGCCAAGCGAAGAGAUGCCCUGCUGACAGCCCUUUUGAAAAAACUCGCCAGUGAAAAUGCCAUGCAAGACUGACUAACAGGUCGAGAACAUUUCUCAAAGAUUCACCUUUCAAUUGCUUUUAAUUUUAUGGUUUGUUUAGGGUAGCCAAGAUUACAAGUUCGGAUUGUGGUUGAAGAAUAGAUAAAUGGUAAAACUGCAUGAGAGGAUGGAGAAUAUCAGAGAGAAGAAAAAAAUGUGGAAAAACUACACCAAAAGACUGUUGGAGGAACUCGUUUUGCUGAGUUGGGUAUCAGCUAAUGUCUGGAGAAAUUCUUUGAUGUGUUCGAGCGGAGAAGCUAUACAUCAUGUAUUCAUUCAUUCAUAUGUUUGCAGCUCUCUGGAACGAAAUGUUUUUAGAAACAGGUUAUACCUCCAUACAAUUUUCUGCUCUGGAGAAGAUAGAACUGGAAAUGAUUGGAACAUUAUUUACAAUGAUUAUAUAUUAUUUUUAUGUUUGGCUGG